UCGGCUUCUUUGAGUCAUAAGAGUGAGGCACGCUGGGGUUACCUGAAUAAGAUGGCGGGGAAGAAGAAUGUUCUGUCGUCUCUGGCAGUUUACGCGGAAGAUUCAGAGCCCGAGUCCGACGGCGAAGCUGGCGUGGAGACGGCGGGCAGCGCGGCUGAGGAGAAGGGUGGAUUAGUAUCUGAAGCCUAUGGAGAGGAUGACUUCUCUCGCCUCGGAGGUGACGAAGAUGGUUACGAAGAAGAGGAGGACGAGAACAGCAAACAGUCGGAAGAUGACGAUUCAGAGACUGAAAAACCUGAGGCUGAUGACCCAAAGGCUGGUUGCCCUGCCGUUGGGCUUGUUUGGGAAUAUCGAAUUCCACAGUUUGAAACUGGAGUGCGCUCAGAAGAGAGCGAUACAAAGGAUAACCCAGAAGUAGAAAAGCGGGAUCCUCAGGAAUUAGUUGCCUCCUUUUCUGAAAGAGUCCGAAACAUGUCCCCCGAUGAAAUCAAGAUCCCACCUGAACCCCCAGGCAGAUGUUCCAAUCACUUGCAAGACAAGAUCCAGAAGCUUUAUGAGCGGAAGAUAAAGGAGGGAAUGGAUAUGAAUUACAUUAUCCAAAGGAAGAAAGAAUUUCGGAACCCCAGCAUCUAUGAGAAGCUGAUCCAGUUCUGCGCCAUCGACGAGCUCGGCACCAACUACCCAAAGGAUAUGUUUGACCCCCAUGGCUGGUCCGAGGACUCCUACUAUGAGGCGUUAGCUAAGGCCCAGAAGAUCGAGAUGGACAAACUGGAAAAGGCCAAAAAGGAGCGAACCAAAAUCGAGUUUGUGACUGGCACCAAGAAAGGUACCACGACCAACGCCACAGCCACGACUACUACCACGGCCAGCACGGCGGUUGCAGAUGCCCAAAAGAGAAAGAGCAAGUGGGACUCAGCCAUUCCAGUGACGACGAUAGCCCAGCCAACCAUCCUCACAACCACGGCCACCCUGCCAGCUGUUGUCACGGUGACCACUAGUGCCAGCGGCUCCAAGACCACUGUGAUCUCUGCUGUGGGCACCAUCGUGAAAAAGGCCAAGCAGUGACCUGAGGGACCAGCUUGGGGCGGCUCGGACACUCUCCCUCCCGUCGAGGGGAGGGGCCCCUCUGGGGCUUGAUGAACUUGCGCAGCCCAGGGACCGACGCGGUGCACAGGCGUCGCCUUGCAGAUUUCAGGACUGGGAACUGCCCCCCCAGAUGCCACCCCCAAGAGGAGCCUCUGUGUGUCGUGCUGCCAGCCAGGAAGAGGACGUUGUCACAGAGGAGUCGGUGCUCCGGAGAGCAUCCACACCCCACUCGGGGUCCGGGGCCCUAUUAAAAGCACUGUACUCUUAACAUCUCGGCAUCUUGGAUGCAGUGGCCUCCUCUGUGGUCUGUUUUCAGGCACGUGCGGAAGCUCCGAGGGCCCUCUCCAUCUUCUCUGCUGGGGUUGUUACCUCAGGGUAGGUAACGGAGGGGCCGAAGCCUGUGGCCCUAGGGGAGGCCAGGACGCAGCCAUGGUCGUUCCCAGCGUGCGCCCCUUGGCACACGCAGGUGGGAGUUCGCAGAGCGGGUGAGGCCCCGUGUCCCAGCUGUCUGCCGCCCUGAUCCUGAAACCCCGCUGGUUCUCGGACCACUUUCUGGACACAGCCAGGCUUUUGAAAUCAGCCAGUUACCAGAAGGCUCGGUUUCGAUCCCCAGCCCGCACAGCCAGAGAGGCCUGCGUGCCUGGCCAGGGCUGCCCCCGGCCUUCAGUGCCCGCCGAGCGCCGCGGGACGUGAAUCACCUCCUGCCCUGGCUGGCGGCAGCUCAUUGUUUACGUGAGAGCCAGGCUCCUGGGAGGAUCCUACCACCCCGCCUUUCCUGUGCCUGUUAUCUCUGCCCCACAGCAGCGCCUGGGCAGCGCCAGCGGCUGCUGGGCUCCUCUUGGGGCCAAAACAGAUUUCCCAGCCGCCGCCGACCCGCAAGUCUGGAGGGAAUUUGCUUGCCUUCCUCGCGCUUUGGCAGCUCUCCAGUCCAGCGGGAGGACUCCGUGUCAGAGAAGGAAGCCGGCCUGCGAGGGGGCAGGUCACGUCUGUGGCAGGGGCAGAGCUCUAGAAGGAGGGUCCUCGGACUGCAUCUGGUCAUUGUUGCGUGACCAAACGAGUGUGAUGAGCCUGCCGUCCCCAGAAUAAAACUGGACUCACAUUGGUCCCUUCCCCCGGUGCCCCCAGCCGCACACACCCUUGGGCCCUGAGGGAGGUCGGCUGUUCCCCUCCCCUCCUUUGCUGGGACUUUGUGACCCCGGAGAGGACCUGCUGUGCCCUGAGUCCCACCAGGGUCACUGAAGGCUUCCUGGCCCUCAGCCUCCAGCAGGGGCGCCUCCGUGGCCCGAGGACGCCGGGGCUUGCCUGGGGGGCCGUGUGGCACAACAGACGCAGCGGUUGAAGCAGACUCGGCACCUCUGCUCUGGAUCCUGGGUUAAACUUGUGUUUUAGUUGGCGUGUCUCGGGCCAUCAUCUCUGUGAGUCCACGCUGCCGAAUUGCCGUAAUAAAGCUCCGUAGGGUGGUGGUGAGCAG